UCAGCUCAGAGUAUAUACACACAGCCAAGGCAGAGGAAGCACCAUAGACGGAGACAGUCGGUGCUUGAGGAGAGAAGUAAGAGCGCUUUUCAUUCAAUACAAGAAGUCUGGAUACUUUGUGAACUUGUUACAACUCUGAACAAUCAACCACCAGCUGGCUGAAAGAAAGUAAGUCCUGUUUUGGGAAGCUUUUACACACAGAAAGGACGUUUGGAAACCAAGCCGAGAAGAGAAAGGAGAGCUUAGUAGAAGACUUUUCUAGCUACUUUGGUUUCCUCUUCCAUGUAUACCAAGAUGGAAACUACUUUCUAUGACGACUCACUCAACGCUUUCUCCCAGCACGACAACAACAACACCACCGUGUCCGGCUUCGGAUACAGCAGCAACGCCAAAGUGCUGAAACACAACAUGACACUGAACCUCACCAACCCAACUGGCUCUCUUCACCUGAAACCUCACAAAGCCAGCAGCGACAUCCUCCUCACCUCUCCGGACGUGGGCUUGCUGAAGCUGGCCUCUCCGGAGCUGGAGCGCCUCAUCAUCCAGUCCAGUAACGGACUCAUCACCACGACACCGACACCGACACAGUUCAUGUGUCCGAAGAAUGUCACCGACGAGCAGGAGGGUUUUGCAGAAGGCUUCGUGCGAGCUUUGGCUGAGCUGCACCACCAACACAUGCCGGGAUGCACAGGUAGUAAUGCCAGCAUCACCUCCACCUCGGCUCCUCAGAGUGUCAACACCGCGUUGCCACCGGUUACAUCCGUUACCGGAGCAACCAUGCGCUCAGACUCACCAGUUUAUGAGGAUUUGAGCACUUUCAACCCAUCCAUCAGCACCGUUUCUGCGCCAAACUACACCACCACAGCUCCGACUAUGAGCUUCAACUCUGCUCCCCAGCUUCCCAUCUACUUGCAGCAGCCAUCCUCUCGGCUCUCUGCGCUCAAAGAGGAGCCACAAACCGUCCCGGAGAUGCCCGGAGACACGCCUCCUCUCUCUCCGAUCGACAUGGAGAACCAGGAGCGCAUCAAGGCGGAGAGGAAGCGCAUGAGGAACCGCAUCGCAGCCUCCAAGUGCCGGAAAAGGAAGCUGGAGCGCAUCUCCAGGCUGGAGGAUAAAGUGAAGAACCUGAAGUCGCAGAACUCGGAGCUUGCAUCCACAGCAAACAUGUUGCGUGAACAGGUGGCUCAGCUGAAGCAGAAGGUGAUGAACCACGUUAAUAGUGGAUGUCAGCUCAUGUUGACGCAGCAGCUCCAGACCUUCUGAAGGGUUGAA